AUGCAAAGGUAGGGAGAAGGGGGAGUGGGCGGCUGAUCACAGGCCCAUAAAAAAAACACGCAAGACACAGGGUGACAAUGCAUUUAAGGGGUGGGAACACUUCAGAUGAGGUUAUCGUGUGGAAGAGCUCAGAAGUGGAACUUGGUCUACUUUACCAGGUUGUUUUUAACGUCAACUGCAAAGUAUUAGUAGUUUCACUUUUGGCGGUGACUGCCAGCAUCAGAGCGCGGUAGAAGCUUCAUGAGAAAGGUCAGGAUACCCUGGACAGGAUACAGAAUUCAGCGGACUGCCGCAGUCGAGGGGUCAGAUACCUUCGCCCUGCCUGGCCUACCUACGAGUGGCAGAGGCUAACCGGAACCACGCCCCUUCCCGGGACCGGCUCCGCGAUUGCGUCACUUCCGGGCCUCAGCGAUUCCCCUCCGGGUUAGGCUGAGCCUCUUGCUUGCUGUGACUGGUGGAGCUGCCGCGCUGUCCGCGUUAUCUCCUCCCGGUGAGAACGAACCGCAGUGUCCACCGGCGAGGAGCCAGCCCUGUCCCGGUCAGAGAAAGACGACGAGGAUACCUGGGAGCGGGCGGCGGCCGGGCUGGGCCGCGCCGGUGCGGGCUGGCGACCUGCUCCUCCGCUUGCUGCUGUCUCUGGGAACUGGGUGCCAGCGCUGAGGGGCUUCCAGCGGACAGGGACCCCCUUCCCCGGCUCCCCUGCCCACCCUGCCGGGGAGGGCGGAAGAUGCCGGUGAAGAAGAAGAGAAAAUCCCCUGGGGUGGCAGCAGCAGUAGCGGAAGACGGAGGCCUCAAAAAGUGUAAAAUCUCCAGCUAUUGCAGAUCCCAACCCCCUGCUAGACUAAUAAGUGGAGAGGAACAUUUUUCAAGCAAGAAGUGCCUGGCUUGGUUUUAUGAAUAUGCAGGUCCUGAUGAAGUUGUAGGGCCAGAAGGAAUGGAAAAAUUUUGUGAAGACAUCGGUGUUGAACCUGAAAAUAUUAUUAUGUUAGUUUUAGCGUGGAAAUUGGAGGCUGAAAGCAUGGGAUUUUUUACCAAGGAAGAAUGGUUAAAGGGAAUGACUUCAUUACAGUGUGACUGCACAGAAAAGUUACAAAACAAAUUUGACUUUUUGCGCUCACAGUUGAAUGAUAUUUCGUCAUUUAAGAAUAUCUACAGAUAUGCCUUUGAUUUUGCAAGGGAUAAAGAUCAGAGAAGCCUUGAUAUUGAUACUGCUAAAUCUAUGUUAGCUCUUCUGCUUGGGAGGACAUGGCCACUGUUUUCAGUAUUUUACCAGUACCUGGAGCAAUCAAAGUAUCGUGUUAUGAACAAAGAUCAAUGGUACAAUGUAUUAGAAUUCAGCAGAACAGUCCAUGCUGAUCUUAGUAACUAUGAUGAAGAUGGUGCUUGGCCUGUUCUUCUUGAUGAAUUUGUCGAGUGGCAAAAAGUCCGUCAGACAUCAUAGCAAGAACUAUGUGAAGAAAAUGCAAACCUUUCAAUUCCCACGUGUAUACAAGCUAAUGUGAUGAGGGGGAAAAAAUCCAACGGGUGCAUUUUCAUUCAUAUGAAAGACUUCUCAUAGUACUUUUUUUUCCUUUUUUUAAAGGAGGUUUUUCUUGUUACAUGUGAUGGGCAUUGAGCCACACCUCUUCUUAGACUGAAUAUUGAAGUUUUUGUUUUGAGUUAUGUUUAUAACAUUUAUUUCAGAACAAUAAAGAUUCAGAUUUGUGACAAAGGC